GCCUCCUAACCUUUUGCUAUAUCACAAUCACAACCCUGCCUAUUUAUUACACAAACAUUCUUCCAAUCCAAUAUUGACCACUUCUUUCAUACAUUUUUUACUAUCCUCUACCCAUUUCCAGAUUGCAUGCCACCUCUUAAUUAACCCUUUUUCCUUUCCACUUUUAACAAUUAAUUGUAGCACAUAUCAUUCACCAAUUACUCGUGAAAUAUAUGGGGUCAAGUUUGUUCAAAUUUUUGUUUUUAGCAACGAUUUUAUGUUGUGCAAGUUGUGAGAAGGCCUCGGAGUUGGGAAACUUGAAGGUUCCGGCGUCGGAAUUUGUGGGGUCUGUGAGGUCCACCAUCGACAUAGUCCGGCAAGUGAUCUCCAUAGUUUCACAAUUCUCCGGCGCAUUCGGCGAUUUCCGGCUGAGCAAUGCCGUCUCCGACUGCCUUGAUCUCAUGGAUCUCUCUGUGGACCAGUUGAGUUGGACUCUCUCUGCUUCACAAAAUCCCAAUGGCAAAGAUAACGGCACCGGAAAUGUAAAGGCUGACAUGAAAACAUGGUUGAGUGGAGCGUUGAUCAAUCAAGACACUUGCAAAGAAGGCUUUGAUGGCACAAAUGGCAUUGUCAAAGAUUUGGUUGCCGGCAGCCUAGACCAAGUCACCUCAUUAGUCUACAAUAUUCUCUCGAACAUUAACCCUACUACCACUACCCUGUCACCACCUGGUCGCAAUGGCAAGGGCGGUGGCCAUGGCGGUAGAAAAUUAAUUUCUAGCCAAAAAUUUCCUAGUUGGUUAAAAUCCGAUGACCGACGUGUGCUCCAGGCCUCGUCCACCCCAUUGGCUGCGGACGCAGUUGUGGCUGCGGACGGGACAGGGAAUUUUACUAAGAUUAUGGAUGCUAUUGGCGCAGCCCCGGAGCAUAGUAGCAAGAGAUUCGUUAUAUACGUGAAGAAAGGUGUGUACAAGGAAUAUGUGGAGAUAAGUAAGAAGAAAUGGAAUAUUAUGAUGAUUGGAGACGGGGUGAAUGCUACGGUUAUUUCGGGCAAUCGGAACUUCAUCGACGGUUGGACCACCUACCGAUCGGCAACAUUUGCCGUGAAAGGGCAAGGGUUCAUCGCACGGGACAUAACCUUCGAGAACACGGCCGGCCCCGAGAAGCACCAAGCCGUGGCCUUCCGUUCGGACUCCGACCUCUCGGUCCUCUACCGCUGCGCCAUCCACGGCUACCAAGACACCCUCUACGCCCACUCCCAGCGCCAGUUCUACCGCGAGUGCCACAUCACAGGCACCGUGGACUUCAUCUUCGGAGACGGGGCCGUGGUGUUCCAGAACUGCCAGAUCGUGGCCCGAAAGGGCCUCCCGAGCCAGAAGAACACCAUCACAGCCCAAGGCCGUAAGGAGCCGGUCGAGAACACGGGCUUCUCCAUCCAAUUCUGCAACAUCUCGGCCGAGCCAGAGCUGCUGAACUCGACCACGCAGACGUAUCUAGGCCGUCCGUGGAAGCUCUAUUCGCGCACGGUCGUUAUGCAGUCGUACAUCAGCGGCGCGAUACGGCCGGAAGGAUGGCUCGAGUGGAAUGGGGAGUUUGCGCUCGAUACAUUAUAUUAUGGUGAGUAUAUGAAUUAUGGGCCGGGUUCCGGGUUGGGGGCUCGGGUUAAGUGGCCCGGUUACCGCGUGUUUAAUACCUCGGCUGAAGCGGGAAAUUUUACGGUGUCUCAGUUUAUUAUUGGGAACUCGUGGCUGCCUUCGACUGGUGUGAGGUAUACUGCCGGGUUGGCAGUGUAGGAGGGGCUCGGGAUUUAUAUCUAUACAUACAUAUGUAUGGCUAAUAUAAAUAUUAAUGAUUUGUGGCAAAAUUACUUUAUUGUAAGAUGUAGCUAGGUGAUUUGUUUGCGAAUUGCCAUGCUUUUUUGUGCUGGUUGUUUUGAUACUUAUACAAUUGCUUUUUCUUUUUC